AUGGGGUCCACCCCCCCCCCCCCUCUCUCUCUCAAAAACGAAAUCAGCCCUUGUCAUUACCUAAUCCCCCAAAAACGAAAUCCACAUUCUUCGUCUUCUCUAUCUCUCAUUCAUCAGAAAGGUGUCGACUUCAACGAUUCUUCUUCAGAUGAUCUAAUCCGGUGGGGAAACUCCAACAACAGCUUCAUCAUCGUUGACUCUUUAGCUUUCUCACAACGCCUCUUACCUGCUUACUUUAAGCACAGUAAUUCUCUAGUUUCAUUCGCCAACUUAAUACCUACAAAAGUGAAUCUGGAUCGAUGGGAGUUUGUGAAUGAGUGGUUUCUGAGAGGACAAGUGCAUUUAUUUAAGAACAUUGUGAGGAAGAGGCAAGUGAACAGAAGCGGUGGGUGUCAAUUGCUUGCGAUGAUGAAUGUUUUCUUCUUAUUCUUCCAGAUGUUAUUGCACAUCGCCAUGGCUUCUGCAGCUGUUGUUCCUUCAUCGAGUAAUGAAGCAUUUGACAUGGGUAAACCAGUAAGAUCCGUUACCAUGGUUUGGAAAUUGAGCAUGGAUUCGAGCCUUCCCUGUGCAAUUUCAGCCUGGUAG